CAGAGCUUUCCGUUAAUUCAAUAAAGUCCGUAACUAUCAUGGGGAGCCCCUCAAACGAAGAAGGAAUGUUAGUGUAUAGAUAUACUGCACCACCUCCCAGGUGAGUCUUGGGCUUUCGCUAUUUGAGACCGGUGACACAUCAACCUCUGCCACCUUGAACGAGGGCUUAUCUCCAGAUUGAGAGCUUGAAUGACUGCACCAUCGAUCAGAUAAAGACACGGAGCUCUAACACGAGGUUUAUUGUGAAACCUUGGUUGCAUUAUGUCCUCUACAUUGUCAAGAACCAACGCCGUGAACGACGACAACUCCUACACCAUGACACUCCAAAGCGGGAAUUCAGACUCCUUGUCUUGCUUCUUUCCUCUGCCUCGAGAAAUCCUUCUUAUCAUCUACAAUCGCCUAACACACUCAGAGCUGGGCUCCUUGCGCGCUACCUGCAAAGCAGCUACCGAGAUCGUCGACCUAGAGACGGAUAUCAAGAGGGCACAUUCCAGGCGCAAAGCCUCGCUGUUGGCCGAGGAGAAAGCAGACUAUGCGCUGCGCCAGCGCAAGUUUGCAAACUACUCACGAUGGGCACGACCUAACCCGAACGAAUACCGCACCUACUAUUCAAGCGACACCAUCAGCAAUCUCCACAAAAACUACAUCACUCGAGCCGAGCGGCUCAACUGCUACUCCUGCUUGACCACCUUGCCAAGGGAGUGUUUCGGAGACAAACAAAUCACAGGGAGCAAGAGCCUCGGCCACAAGGAUGCCAGACUACGGUUCUGUAUGGCCUGUGGUUUGAAAAAGGGUUUCUACCUGCCAGGCACCGUUUUCAAGAUGGCCAUGAAGUCCUGCGUAGUGUGCAAGGGCUGUAAUUCCAUCCAACGGGGUGACCCUUUCCAUCGUGCAAAGGGAGUCUGCUCGCCCGAAUGCUUGGACAAGAUACAACUCGCCGACAUGGUCGCUGGCGCCAGAAAUUCCACGCCAAUCAAACCAACCAACAUUCAAGGACCAAACCGACACGAUGCAUGUGGGCUGGCCAUGACAAGAGCAAAUCGUUGCCUGCGUUGUUGGGGGAUCGAUCAUACUGAGAGACCAGCAGAUGGUACAAGUGGCACGCGGCUGUGUAGGAACUGCGAGGAGGACAGAGAUGUAGAGGCUUUAUAGCCUAUGAAGCAUGAGUUGGGAGCAGUUUUCCUUGGUUUAUGCAAUUUGGGUUCGGCCUGAUCACGAAAUUUUAGGUCUGGAGAGCAAGCGGACGGAUCUGAUGGGUUAAUUGGUACUGUAUUUAGGGGCGCUCCAUUUGAGAACAAAUACCCAAGAAAUCUGGAGUAAGGUCGAAUCGAAUGAUCAUUGAUCACUGUUGGAUCAUCUUUAUGUAGCUGAGGUUCAUG